AUGGAGAGAAAAUACCAAAUUCUUGAUCUCAAUCAACUUUAUGAUGAAGAAAAACGAAUUGACAUAAACAAGAUGUACUAUCCAGAAUGCUUUACCUUUAACCUGCUCCAAAUACUCAUCUGCCGAAACUGCUCCGAUCCAAUUUGCAUGAAAAAAACAGAAUUCCUCCGAGAAAUGUAUUUGGACAUAGACAACAACUUCCCAGAUGAUAUCUACACGCAUGCUGUUUUUCUUGAUCCGCUAGAACAAGCCACAAAUUACAAAGAAAAAGCCAAUGAAAUGGCCUUACCAAAAAGUUCUCUGGAAAUCCAAAUUCUGAAUGAAACUGCUGAUCAAUCGUCUGACGAAACAAAAAAGAACCAAUAG